AUGAACUUGCAUAGUAAUGCAGUUGGGUCACUUACUUGGUAUCUUAAGUACGUUGGUGUAACAUUGACCAUUGGCCUAACUAUGUGUAAAUUUUUUGACUGUAUUGUACGAAAGAAGAGGAGAGCUGCAUUACAGGGAAAGGUGGUAGUUAUUACAGGUGCAAGCUCUGGAAUUGGUGAAGCUCUUGCACAUGUAUUUUAUGAUAAUGGAAGUAAAGUUGUUUUAGCAGCACGCAGAAUAGCUGAAUUGGAAAGGGUCAAGCAAGAUCUGAUUAACAAAAAGCUGUCUACACCAACAUUAGAACCCGUUGUAGUAGAGUUGGACCUGGCAGAUUUUGAAAAUUUAGAACAAUUUGUUCAAAAGGUAUAUGAUCAAUGUGAUCAGAUAGACAUUUUGAUAAACAAUGGUGGUGUGUCCCACCGUGGUUCCAUAUUACAUACAAAAAUUGAAGUUGACAGAAAAAUCAUGGCUGUCAAUUAUUUUGGAGCUGUUAGUUUGACAAAAGCAUGUCUAUCAAGAAUGGUAGAGAAAAAGUCGGGACACAUUGUGUUUAUAAGUUCAGUUCAGGGAUUGAUUGCAAUUCCAGACCGAUCGGCAUAUGCAGCUUCUAAACAUGCUAUGCAAGCAUUUGGUGACUGUCUGCGUGCUGAAGUGCAUCAGCACAAUAUCAGUGUAACAAUGAUCAGUCCAGGUUACAUUAAAACUGCAAUAUCAUUAAAUGCUUACACUGGAUCAGGUGAUGCGCAUGGAGUGAUGGAUGUUUCAACUGCUGCUGGUUUUACACCAGAAUAUGCUGCAACUAAGAUGACAGAUGCAAUAGCAAAUAAACAGAAUGAACUGAUUAUUAGCCAAUUUCUUCCAAGUCUUGCUGUAACCUUAAGGCAUUCUAUGCCAUCUUUAUAUUUUUGGAUUAUGGCCAGAAGAGCAAAUAAAACCACAUAA